AUGCGCGCGGGAUGUCAUGUCGAAGUGCCGCGGGAAAUAGCGGAACGAGCGGCGAUCAGUGUGCGUACGACGGACAAUGCGUGCUUCGCGUGGUCGGUGGUCGCCGCUCUACAUCCGGCUGAUGAACAUGUGUAUCGAGAAUCAUCGUAUCCACAUUACACUGCAGUGUUAAAUCUUGCGGGCAUCGAGUUUCCAAUGAUUUUGAAAGACAUUAACAAAUUCGAACAAUUGAACGACAUGUCGAUCAACGUAUACGGCAUCGAAAACAAGCAGAUCCUUCCUCUACGGCUCACCAGCGAUAAGAAGGAGAAGCAUAUCAAUCUCCUGUAUCUGCAAGAUCCACGCGACGACAAUGUGGGCCAUUUCGCAUGGAUCAAGAACUUGUCCCGUCUCGUGAGAUCGCAAGUCACAAGAAUGGAGCACAAGAAAUUUUUCUGCGAUCGAUGCUUGCACUACUUCAGUACGAGCGAAAAAUUGGAGUUACACGCAAUAGACUGUGGGAAAAUCAACAACUGCGCCAUCCGCCUGCCGAGCGAGGACGACAGGUGGCUCGAAUUCAACAACCACUGCAAUAAGAAAUGCGUUUCAUUCAUCGUGUAUGCCGACCUGGAAUGCGUCCUGCGGAAGACGGAGCCCGACAAAGAAGAUGCGUCAUCGUACACAUACCAACAGCAUGAGGAGUGUCGAAAAAGCGAACAUUGUCAAAUAUCUACUGGAGUAAUAAAUUCAUCGAUCGCUCGAAUAGCGCAAUUGGAAGGUAUGAGAAACACUUUGCGUCAACGUUUCGCACAUGCGAGCACCAGUCAUGCUCACAAUCAGUCGGAAAAGUCUGGAUUAUUAUGGUUGGAAAUUGAAACAGCUUUUAAGAGACGUGUAUUGACUGGUGUUAUCCUAAAUUCGAAUUACAUCGAGCCCCAACAGUUUUUAAAUGAUGCAAGAGACAUUGUUUUUGAGCAGAUACGUGAUAAUCUUCAGAGACAUAUUUGUUUAAAAGUAAAUACGAUAUUCAAUGAUUCGUUUAAAUUUCUCAAUACUAGUCUUGAGAAAUUAGUAUCGUAUCUCGAUAAAAGUAAAUUGAAAAUCAUGCGAUCGGAAUUUCUCAAUCUUAAUACCGAGGAUUUUGAUUUGCUCACACGUAAAGGAGUAUUUCCAUACGAAUACAUCGACAACGUUGAUAAGUUAAACGAGACUAGUUUACCUCCUCGUGAGGCCUUCUACAGCUCAUUAACUGGUGAGAGCAUUUCCGAUGACGAUUUUCAACACGCGACAAAUGUUUGGCAACGCUUUUGCAUUGAUACUCUCGGUGAUUACAGCGAUUUAUAUCUUAAGAUAGAUGUACUUUUAUUGGCUGAUGUUUUUGAAAAUUUUCGCGAUACGUGUAUCAAGAGUUAUGGAUUGGAUCCAGCACAUUAUUAUACUUUACCGGGAUACACGUGGGACGCUAUGUUGAAAUAUACCGAUAUUCGAUUUGAAUUGCUCACCGACAUCGAUAUGGUAAUGUUCGUGGAGCGUGGUAUACGUGGUGGUUUAAGUCAAUGUUCGUAUAGAUAUGCGCGAGCUAAUAAUAAAUACGCACCAUCGUACGAUCCAUCGAAACCUUCAACUUACCUCAUGUACUUCGACGUUAAUAAUUUGUACGGUUGGGCGAUGUCUCAAUUCUUACCGUAUGGAGAAUUUCAAUGGGUCGAUAACGUUGAGCAUUUCAACGUAAUGUCCGUAUCGUCAGACUCUGUUAUCGGAUAUAUUUUGGAAGUCGACCUCGUGUAUCCACAAAAUUACCAUGAUGCCCACACUGACCUUCCAUUCUGUCCAACGCGUGAGCGACUUCCCGGAAAACGAAACAAUAAACACUCGGCUACGCUCUACGACAAAGAGCGCUACGUGAUACAUUAUCGCAAUUUACAACAAUGCAUUCAACACGGAUUACAUGUGAAAAAAAUUUAUCGAAUAUUACAAUUCACACAAUCUCCAUGGCUUCGCGGAUACAUAGAACUCAAUACGAGAUUUAGAAUGUUCGCAAAUAACGAAUUCGAGAAGAAUCUUUACAAAUUGAUGAAUAACGCAGUAUUCGGGAAAACAAUGGAGAACGUACGCGAACAUGUUGACGUUCGACUCGUAACGCGUUGGGACGGGAGAUACGGCGCGGAAGUAAUGAUAUCGAAACCGAAUUUUCAUAGUAGAAGCGUUUUUUCUGAAGAACUAGUCGCUGUAGAAUUGCGUAAACUUGAGGUACAAUUGAACAAACCGAUAUACGUUGGUAUGUGCAUUCUCGAAAUAUCUAAAAUACGUCUUUAUGAAUUUCAUUAUGAAUAUAUAAUGCCGUUGUAUCCUGACAAGUGUAAGAUCCUUUACACGGAUACCGAUAGUUUGAUAUAUCUUUUGGAAUAUUUAAUGAAGGAUGAAAAUAAUGGUGAGAUGAUGACGGAAUUCAUAGGACUCAGAGCGAAGAUGUAUGCGUUGAAAGUGAUCGGAAGUAGUGAUAAGAAAAGAAUAAAGGGUGUUAAGAAAAAUAUAGUAGCGAAACCGAUCACUUUCGACGAUUAUAUGCGAUGUUUGAACGAUGUAAUAUAG